AUGCGCUCGUCUGCGCAGGAUGCAUCAACGGCAUCGACGACGGCCACUGCCAGCAGCAGCUACACGCGCCGAGCCACCUUUGCUGCGGCUGUAGCUCGUGCGAGUCGACAAGCCGCGGCGACUCAGGGCGUAGACGGUGACUCGCCCCGCGGCCAACCGACGGCGACUCCGAGCCCGAACCGGAGCCAGAGCCAGAGCAAGAGCCAGAGCCAGAGCAACGACACCACCACCCCACCACCGAGUACACCGAGUACACCGAGUACACCGAGUACACCGAGUACACCGAGUACACCGAGUACAGCCUCCCACCCCGAGACCACACCUCUGCUGCAACCCCAUGCCUCGUCGUCCGCAGCGCACUACUCGAGCAUCCCCAAACGUCCCUCGCCCCUGUCGCACCAACUGACGACGACGACCCUCGCCAGCUCCACCUCGUCCCUCGCGACCCUGUCGACUACACUGCCCAACUAUGGCACCCUCUCACCCAUCACGCCCGCAUCCUCUGCGCCCACGUCGGGCGUGUCCACACCGAACCGCAGCUCGCGGCGACCGUCCGGCGUUCGUCACGGCGAGUCCGGCUCGUCCUGGCCCUCCCCGGGCGACACGAACCCCUCCAAGGCGGGCCAACUACGUUCCCGCCUACUCUUUGUCCUCAUCGCCCUGCUCCUCACCAUCUGCGUGUACGCGUCCUUUGUCGACGAUUUCAUGGGCGACGUCGAGGCCGCCAUCUCGUGUGGCGCGUGCAUCGGCCUGCUCGUGCCGCUGCAGGCCCUCGCUCACGUCGGCGAUGAUGCCUUUGUCGAUUUCUUUGUCGGAUUCUGUUCCAAGCUGAGAGUCAGUCUCAUUCAACGACCACAUUCGUGCCUCGCCUCCCCGUCCACUCACACUCACCCCCCUUUGCUCCGCUCCAUCCCCCCCCCCCCCCCCCCCCAGAUCGAAGACGAAGACGUCUGCGCCGGAGCGAUCGGCACCCAGGCCCCUAUCCUCGCCCACGACCUCCGCUCCAUAUCUCUCGCUUCCCACGCCGCCAAGAACUUUUGUUCGACCGUGUUUGGGCUCUGUCCAUUGCAGCGCACGAUCCCUUAUAGCGUUCAGUUCUUGGACGGUUCCCAAGGUAACGAUACGAGGCGAUUGAUGGAGCGACCGAAAAAGGUGUGGAAGAGCAAGGGGAGAGAUCCUCUAAAGGUCAUCCAUUUGAGUGAUGUUCAUAUCGAUCGCAACUAUCUCGUCAGUGUGGGAAUGAUCCUUGCUGAAGGUGGGCUGGGGGCGCUGAUCCGAUCGAACUUCGCAUGCGCAGGAAGGUGCCAGCACCAUCUGCUCCAAGGUCAUUUGUUGCCGAGACUAUGGCGAGCGGUCGUUGGGUCCAAACAUCUCCCAUCCUGCUGGAAAGGUGAGCUCGUCAAGACGAAUUCGACAAGGCGGCAUGUGACUGAAAACUGAUGCGAGGUCCCAACUUUUGGCGGCUCACAGUUUGGGAACCGACAUGCAAGUCCUGCUUCCAUCACUCGGGGUGGGCAACUCUCUCGCUGACCUCGUCCUGAAACAGUGCGAUGCACCUCCGGAUUUGAUGGAGUCCAUGUUCCGAGCGAUCGAUAGGUCAGCAGCUCCCACCGAAUUCGCAGGCAUUUCCUCGGAGCUAACAUGCGUUCAACAUUCCCAUCAGGUUCGUUCCCGAUCGAGCGUUCAUCAUUUUUACGGGCGAUGUCGUCGAAUCGGCGGUAUGGACCGUCAAUGAGCUAGUGCGUGAAGACAUUUGUACGCUCGAACUCGUACGACUUUUCCGCUCAUCCAGCCAGUCUUCUUGCUACAGAAAGUAACCUCCGAUCUCGAAGCGUGGCACAAAGACAUGGUGCGCAACCCCGCCACCCCCUCCUACCCCGUAAUAGGGAAUCACGACGUCGCGCCCGUCAACGCAUUCCCACGCACCACAUCAUGGAACCGCGAGAGCGAAAACUCCACCACUUCGCCCGAAAUGCCUUCUACAUUGGCGAUCGCGCGCACCUCGUCGGAUUGGGUUUUUGAGUUGGCCGCUAGGGAUUGGGAGAAAUGGAUUGGGUCUAGGGCGAGUCGGCAAGUGCGGGAACAUUAUGGGUGUUAUUCGAGGGUGCAUCCGGGGACCCAGUUGAGGAUCAUCAGUUUGAACACGAAUUAUUGGUCAGUCACCCUGCUGCAAGGGCCGAUGAGGGUGUUCUCCAAAGACUGAUGGUGGGGUUUUUCGGGCUUGCAGGUAUAAACAAAAUUGUGGGUGCAGAUCAUUAAAGUCUUGGGUCAUGAUCGAAUCCUCUUUGACUAACGAUUGGAAUCUGUUACACAGUCUGGCUCUACGAUCAUGAUCAACCGCUUUGGGACCCGAACGGGAUCUUGACCUGGCUCUCGCACGAGUUGCACGCCGCCGAGAGAGCUGGUCAAAGAGCUUGGAUCAGUAAGUCCAGAUCGGUUGAGUUGUCACAAGAAAUAUCCCAAUGCAUUGACUGUCUUGACUUUUUUUUUGCGAUGUUCAGUUGGGCACAUGCCAUUCGGUAAAGUCGACGCCUUGCGUGACCAAUCGAACUACGCGAGUCAGAUCUUUGAUCGCUACCACGAUACUAUUGCCGCUCAUUUUUAUGGACAUUCGUCAGUAAUUGGUUUUGGAUUCCUCACAGAGCUCGAGCUGCGAGCUCAUACAAAAUUUGUGUACCCACAGCCAUGUCGACGAGUUUGAAAUAUCCUACCCGGAUUAUGAUGACCGGAGGGCGGAGACGGCCCAUGGAAUCGCUUACAUCUCUGGCGCACUUACACCUGCCAGUAAGUCAAAGUAUUCCCUCCAUCUCCAAGUUACCUCCCAAGUUAUAUCCAUUGAGUUAUGGCUCCUCACUUCCUCACAGGUGGGAACCCCGUAUUCCGGUUGUAUCACGUCGAUCCGGACACGUACGAAGUCCUCGAUUUCAUCCCUUACUACACCAACAAGUCCGAACCCUCGUUCCAGAUCGACCCCGUUUGGAAACCCUAUUACUCAGCAAGGGAGAGCUAUGGGACGAUUUUGGAAGAGAAUGGGUUCGGGGAUUCGAGGCCGAAGGAAGGAGAGAGUUUGAGUGGGAAGUUUUGGCAUCGCGUGACGGAGGUGUUUGAGAAGAACGAGUUGAGUCGUUCACGUCGGGGUUUUCGGGUGCUGAUACGAUUGUUCGGGCUGACCUUUCUUGGAUGGGUUUGGGUGGUUUGGACAGGACGGCGUUUCAGAUCUUUACCAACCGACUCAGUCGAGGUGGUAAAGUCGAGGAUUGCUCGGGUCCGAUCUGCAAGAACAAUACGAUUUGCAUGCUGCGCAGCAUGAGGUCCGAAUCCAACUGCGUGAGUCGGUCAUGGACAUUGAAAACCGACGUGGUGGUCCAGAAGACUGACGUUCCUUGCUCGUUUCGCACAGGCCGUCAUCCAACCGGGCCUGAGCUUCAAGGACCAGAAACGUGAUACCGAGGUCGGUUCACACCUCCCCCCCCCCUUUCUCUCCAAGCGAAGCUUCGCCUUCGCUGACGUAUUCCCCAUCCCUCCUCUCUCCAGGCCGUGACCGAACCCCAACGAGGUGAAGGCGAAGAAGAAUUCGCGCAAUCGCGCCAACACGAUUUCUUCGCCUGUGAAGGCCCGGGAUUGGGGAGUAUGUUGAGGAAGAUCGCGCAGGGGGGUUUUGAUACGGGCAAGGUGGAUCGGAAGGAGAGGGGGAGGAUGAUGGGGAUGCAGGCUUUCGGUGGAGGUGGGGAUAGAACGGGGCAUUUGGGUGUUUUUGAAGGGAUGUUGAAAGAGCGGGUGGAGGUGGAGAGGAGGAAGAGGAAGAGGGGGAAGACCUCGCGGUUGUUGAGCAGAUUCAAGAGGGCAGAGUAA